AUGGCAACUUUAGAAGACUUGGAUGCACUGGAGAAUACCAAUCAAGCUACAAAUGAUGCUACUAUGAAAGACGCGCCUCCAGCUGAGGACGAUUUGGACGAUGAAAUCCUUAAAGCAUCGACUCAGGAAAUCAUCAAUCGUCGAAAGCUGCUGGAAAAUGAUAUCCGAGUGAUGCGAUCCGAGUUCCAAAGAUUGACACAUGAAAAGAAUGCCAUGACUGAUAAGAUCAAAGACAACCAGGAAAAAAUAGAAAACAACCGACAAUUGCCGUACUUGGUGGGUAAUAUCGUCGAACUAUUGGACAUGGAAGGCGAGGCCACUGAAGAGGGAGCCAACGUUGAUCUGGAUGCUGCUCGAGUGGGUAAAUCAGCCGUUGUUAAGACAUCAACUAGACAAACAGUAUUUUUACCAUUGAUCGGAUUAGUCGAUCCAGCGACGUUGAAACCGGGUGAUCUGAUUGGUGUUAACAAGGAUUCAUACUUAGUAUUAGACACGUUACCAGCUGAGUACGAUAGUCGAGUUAAAGCCAUGGAAGUCGAUGAAAAGCCUACUGAGACAUAUUCCGAUAUUGGAGGUUUGGAUAAACAGAUUGAAGAGUUGGAUGAGGCAGUUGUAUCGCCUAUGAAGCAGGCUGAUAAGUUUAAAGCGAUGGGUAUCAAAGCACCAAAGGGAGCUCUUAUGUAUGGACCUCCUGGUACUGGUAAAACGUUAUUAGCAAGAGCAUGUGCUGCACAAACCAAUGCCACAUUCCUCAAACUGGCAGCUCCUCAACUGGUGCAAAUGUUCAUUGGAGACGGAGCCAAGCUUGUCAGAGAUGCAUUUGCACUUGCCAAAGAAAAGGCACCGACCAUCAUUUUCAUCGACGAAUUGGAUGCCAUUGGAACCAAGAGAUUCGACUCGGACAAAUCUGGAGAUCGUGAAGUACAAAGAACCAUGUUGGAACUGCUUAACCAGCUCGACGGUUUCGGCAGUGACGACCGAGUCAAGGUGCUUGCUGCCACCAACCGAGUCGAUGUCCUUGACCCGGCUCUUCUUCGUAGUGGUCGUCUCGACAGGAAAAUCGAGUUCCCACUGCCCAAUGAAGAAUCUCGUGUUGGCAUUCUACAGAUCCACUCGCGUCAAAUGACAGUCGACGACUCGAUCAACUGGCAAGAACUGGCCCGUAGUACCGACGAGUUUAACGGAGCACAACUAAAAGCCGUGACCGUCGAGGCCGGUAUGACAGCCCUCCGAGCCGGCAAGUCCCGCAUCACCCACGAAGACUUCGUCGAGGCCAUCAGCGAGGUCCAGGCCCGCAAGUCUAAAUCGGUCUCCUUCUACGCUUAG